UCUUUCUUGUUGCUCUUGCAUUUCCUAAGGGCUUGUUUGCAAAUGACAGGGGGAUAACGUCCACGGUAUCGGCCUUGCUCUGCUCUUCUGCUGUAGGCAAUUGGAUUGAUCGUUCUCCGUCACGAUUACCUACUCUUCUAAUCACCAUCUCUAUAAACCAUGCGGCAAUUGUUGCCUCGUACGCUUGCUGGCUCUACUGGCCUGUCAUUGCUGGGUACGGAGAUGAAAUGACUGGACAAAGCAGCAGUCCUUUCUCAAGCCUCUCAACGGGAUGUUUGUAUGGACUCAUCCUUCUUCUUGAUGUGAUCCAUGAUCUUAGCGCCAUAGGGAACCGACUUUCACUGGAGAGAGACUGGGUCCCGGUUCUUGUUGGACCAAUCACCCCUGAAACUACCUACGGACUCACUCAAGUCAACUCGGUCAUGGUCAGGUUGGAAUUGCUGGUGAAACUCAUUGCUCCUUCGCUCCUCCCAAUAAUCAUGUCGACCUUCAAGUCCCGAGAAGGAUGGAUCUUGUUGUUGGUAGCAAUCACCUUAGGCAUGUGGGCGACUGAAGUUGGGUGCGCUCGUCUCGUCGCAAGAGAGAAUCCAGAACUCCAGGAACCGAAGAAGAUAUCUGCCGACCCUGCCACUAUGGAAGAUCUUGAGAUUGAAGACCAAUUUGUGCAUUUGAAACCUGGAAUUUCAUCGCUACCAAAGAAGAUAUACUUUGUCCUAUACCAAGACCCAGCUGUCCGACUGAGACAUUUCUUUUCGGUCUCGAUGUGGCCGGCUUCCAUCUCGCUGGCACUUCUGCAGGUUACUGUGUUAGCAUAUUCUGCUACCAUGAUCACUUAUCUUUUGCAGACUGGAUUUUCGAUCUCGAUCAUCACUGUUGCACGAGCAUCAGGUGCUAUCACUGGCUUGUCUAGCACAGUCAUAACACCAUGGCUCGUUGGAAUGUUGAGGAGUCGCUACAUUCAUCGAGAAAACACCAACGAAGAUGGAGAGGAUGAUGCGGCUGAAGGGAAGGUUGUCAGAACGGUCGGGCUGUGGGGAAUCAUGUUCCAAUUUCCUGCGCAGAUUCCUGUUGUCCUCGUCCUUUGGAGCUUGUCAGCCGCCUUGCCUUCAGAGAUGUUGUCACGACAGACUGACAAUUCUACAUCCUCACCUCAAAUAUUGGUUCCGAUCAUCUUCUUCGCCUUUCUCUCAUUGUCCCGAAUCGGACAUUACAUGAACUCCCUUAUGGUUCAAGAGCUUGGUCAAGUAGAAAUCCCCGUAUCACAAAGAAGCACGUUCGCCGGUACAGAGCAAUCAUUUAGGUCACUCGGCGAACUCGGACAUUGGGCGGCAACUGUUGUUUGGAGUGAUCCAAGCCAAUUCAAAUGGCUGGCGAUGGGAAGCUUGCUGCUUGUGGGAUCGAGUCUUGUGAUCUUCGGAAGCUGGGCGAGGAAGUCGUCGAGCAAAAGGAGGGCGUAUGAGAGUGUUCCGCUGAACGACUUCGAAGGGGAAAUCACCCUCUAAUAGAUGUAUAUAUAUCAUGUAUAAAAUUUUAACUUCAC